AUGGAUUUAACCAUCCAUGCAAGUACAAUUAAUAAAAACAUGGAGGAAGACGAGGAGAACUUAAAAUCAAAAUUAGUUAUUUGCUUAACACAACAGAUAAGUGAAAUUGAAGUAUUAACUUCUAUAUACCCAGAUUCUAAUGAUAUUAUUUUUACUGAUCCCAAAAUACUUAAUGUUAUAAAAGAUUUUAUAAGCAAUAAGACUAAUUAUACACCAAAUCAUUUAGACUUCACAUUGAAUUUAAUUAUUGAUAGCUUGAAAUUAGAAACAUCAAUAAAUUUACCAAGUUUUUACCCAGAAGAAGAACCCGAUAUAUAUGUAAGAUGUAACCAAUUAAACCGACAGCAAGAAACUGCAUUAAAUAAAGAUUUGAGUGAUUUUAUUAAGAUUAAUCAUUUUAGAGAACAAUGUUUAUACACUGCAAUUUCAUGGCUUCAAGAAAAUAUUGGAAAAUAUUAUACAAAAUUUCAAUCAGAAUCAGAAUCAAAAGUGCAUUUUAUUGAAAAAUCUGUUUCUGAAAAUUUUUGUAGAGUAUGGAUCUAUUCACAUCAUAUUUAUAAUAAGAAAAAAAGAGAAGAAAUUGUAAAACUCGCCAGAGAGUACAGUUUGACAGGUUUUUGUUUACCUGGUAAACCAGGAGUAGUGUGCCUAGAAGGCCCCGAACAUUAUUGUAAGGAAUGGUGGAAAAUCAUAAAAUCUAUGUGCUGGAAGAAAAUAGUAAUUAGAAAAACAGAGAUAUUUAAGAUGGAAGAAAUGGAUUAUGAAAGAAAGUUUAAAAAUUUUGAAGAAAUACAUUUAGAUAUGAGUAGUUUAUCAAAAUAUUUAGAUGAUGCUGGAUUAGGACAAGCUUUCAAUGACUUUUUCGGAUUAUGUAAUAGCAACAGU